CGACGGCCACCCAGCGAGGGAGCUCGAGCGGCCCGUCUGCCGCCACCAGGGUGACCAGCUCCGCCUACCCAUCGAUGACGCCCAACAACACGGCCACUGGCGUGGCCACAGCAGCGUUGUUGGGUAGCUACUCCACCACGAGUUUUAUGAAAUUAUCAUCUCUUAAUCCUUCUUUCACUAUAACUUGCUCUCCAAUCACUUUCUCCAUACAGCUGGAGAAGGUGACCAGUACAAUGAUACAGUUCAGCUGGAAACCUCAAGGUGGCACAAGAGACAGCCCUUACAGAGUGCAUCUGUGGGGAGGCUCUCCCCAAAUGAAGAUAACCCUUAAUGAAAGUACUGCAUUUAAUAAUCUGCUUUCUGAUCAUGAAUAUCAAAUAUCUGUGGAUGUUUCAACUUGCUCUAAGAACGUCAGUACCUCCUUGAAAGUUCGGACAGCUGCUGAAGUCUUCAAUGGAACCACUAGGAUUAUCAACAAAAUAUUCGUACCUGAAUAUCAGAACAAAUCAAGUAUAGCAUUUAAGGACUUUGAAACAAAGUUCAUUAAUGAGACAGAAAAACAUCUGCCACAGAAGAUAAGAGAAUUAAUAAAGGGAAAAAAACUGCGUAUCAUAAUUAAUAGCAUCGAGAAUGGCAGUGUGAUUGUGAACUUUGACAUUGUGUUGGACAUAGGAGAAAAUGUAACAGAAAAGGAGGUUUCAGAUGCCUUUAUAGAGGCCCUUAACAUGAGUACUGUAUUGAAGGCUGAUCUUAAAAAGACUGUUAUACAAGCAAGGAAUAGCUGUCAGCCAGGAUUAAAUGGCUGUUCCCAACAUGCUACCUGCACUGCUGAAGGAGCAAGUUAUUCCUGUCAAUGCAACGAAGGAUUCACAGAUAACAGUCACCAGGUUCCAGGGAGAGUUUGUCAGCAAAAGCAGAAUUCACAACAGAUUACUGCAGUCCCUUCAAAAAGUGUUACAGCUGAUUCCAUUGUCACUACCACAUUUGCAUCAGGACUUUGCAUGCCAGUGUCCAUCCAAGUUCAGAAUGUGACUGCAGAAGCAAUACAAUUCAGCUGGACUGGUGGCAGGAACAGCAGCCUCUAUGCCAUCUCCCUCAUGGAUGGAAACCGGAAGAUAAAUGAAACUACUACAAAAGAGACAAAAGCUGUCUUUAAACAUUUACUACCUGGUUAUGUAUACACAAUAUCUGUGGCAGUAUUACCUUGUGCUGAGAACAGCUGGACUUCAGUUAGUGUCCGAACAGAUCCUGUUUCCUGUUUCAAUAGAACUGAGUUUUGCUUACCAAAAAAUACUGGCUGUCCUGACUUAAAAGAUAUUGUAUGCUCACAAUACCAAGCAUUUGCCUGCACUGUUUUGUUAAAAAGCCAGACAUUUAAGCAUAUGCUAUACAACUCUGAUAGUGAAAGCUACAAAACAAUGUCUGAAAGUAUUAAAACAGAAGUUGUUAGAGAAAUGCGCAUUAAACUGAAGGAUGACCACUUCGAUAUCGUUAUGGUUGGAUUCAGACCUGGAAGUGUGAUUGCCUAUUUUAUUUCUCUUCUGCAAAAACAAGAGCCCAUUGAUGUGAAUCUUCUGCAGGCAUACUUAAGUCAAAUAUUAAAGAGCAAGUUUGGUGACCAAACUGAAGUAACUGUACAACCUCUGUCUGUUCAGCCAUCAACUGAAAACAGUUCCCCCUGGAAAGCGGCAGUGAUUGUCCUUGGAGUUUUACUUGGAGUUGCAUUAGUGCUGAUUCUUCUGGUAAUAUUGGCUUACAUCUAUACGAAGGAAAGAACGGGUAAAUAUUUGUUUGAACCCAAAGGACUCCUGGGAAAUUUUGUCUACAAGCACCCAUAAUAUAAGCCACCAGUUUCAUUUACAUACUGGGUAAGGGGAAAAAUGAAUAUAUUUGUCUUAAAAUUUAAUGCUAAUUGUUUAUAUUAACUUAAGAUAACACUACCCUUUCUUUCCCAAUGCACAUCACCAAAUUCUUGAGCUCCUAGGACCUCCAAAGAAUCAUCUUUUUAACGUUGCUCUCAGGUAUGGAAUGGGGAAUUUUCCUUAUUGUACAUGUGGUAGAGUGAGGCACAGAGAAACUUCUGUUCUGACUGACCACUGCAGGUAUUGCAAUGAUUCCUAACCAUUGACUACAGAGAGAGACAGGAUGUGAACUGCUCAUUACUCUAAUAUUUAGAUGACACAGCAAAUAAAGUGAUUAAUGUUAGUACCUAUGGCAGGCCACCUGACUAAACAGCUGAGCCCAGAGUCCAUCCUGUUGGGCUUUAUGCACUCAGCUGAGGGUGAUUCACCUCACUUGAGAUUUUUGUCACCAUAUGAAGAUGCCUCUUACUCUUCAGUGACUGCAGAACAAGACUAGGGCAUUUAAUGUUCCAGCAUGUGUGGGUUGGUUCGGAGUCUGAAGGGAAGUGGAAGGGAUUUGAGUUAUAUGGACUUGCUAUAGGAGUCUCUGGUGGAACAGGAAUUUGAUCUGGAGGCUUCUGAAUUCAAGGAUACUUUCUUUAAUUGUUGGGCUAUGAAGAAACAAAUUACUUUAUGUGACAAAUAUAUAGCGUGCUAAAUACAGGUGUGGUUUAAUAGGAAAUCAGUAAUUGAAAAGCCUCAACAUGUUACUAGAUGAGGUAAGGGAGACAAAAUUUUAUUUGGGCGGAAGUAUUUUACUCAUCUAUUUUUGGCUGCCAAAAACAGUUGGGCAAGGAUGUAUCAUACAGUGCCAUUUUGCCUUGCUUUUGAUAAUUGCAAAGUAGAGUCUGCUAAAAGCAACCUGAAGAAUCUCGUGGCAUUGGACAAGACCUUGUGCUUCAGAGCAAUGAAAAGAAAUGGCCUUUAUCUGCUUUCACGACCCUUAGCAGCAGCCUCAGUGAAGUUACAGUCUGUUUCUCCUGUGGUGUAUAUUUUCUGCUUGGAACACGUUGCUGAACAAAUGCUAAAGGGCAGUAUAUUGCUGUACAUAUUAUCAGUAGGAUUUAGGUAUUUAAUCUCAAAUCAGUUCUCCCUGUGUCUGCUGUGUAUUUUGUCUGUAUGCCAAUGCUCUGUAUUUGUGUCCAAGCACUGAAUAUCCUGUGACAUUGAGGCCCUGGCUUAUGCCCCCUGCACAGUUCAAGCCCUUUGUCUUUCUGGGUUAUGUUAUGGUUAGUUGGCAUGAGUUAGAGUAAGGAGGUGUCCAAAACUGUAGCAUGUUGUGGGACAUCAGCGGUCAAAGGACCUCAGCAGAGUGGUGGUGCACAAGCAACUCUGCUGUCUUCUGGGUGCAGCCAGGGUUAAUUUCUUUUAUCCCUCCUUUCCUGUGGUACAGUAUAGCUCCUUGGAGGAACCUUGCCAAGGACGCUGUUUAAGCAGAAGGGUGAAGCUAUCUCAUGCACUGGCCCUACUGCAGAAAGGCUGGUUUAGUUCAGGCUGUGUCAUUACCCUGAUGAGGGAAGUCAUGUCCAGCCUUGCUCCUCUGUCCUUGACAGUGUCACUGUGCGAGGCCAACAGCUUGUGCUGAUUGAGAAAGGAAGGCUGUUUGAGUACCCAGGGCAUCUUUACACACAAAGUUGUGUUGGUGGUUUAUCUUCAUGUCUGGAAUAUUUAUAUAUUUUUUUCCAGAGUGACCUAUGAAAGAGAGGUCUUGAAUGACUUGCUCUGCCUUUCCUUCCAUGUAAUAUCAGCUUGGCUGCCUUUCUGCUCCAGUCUGGGGCAUAGAGUCAAAGCCUACCUCAUUGAUGGGAAGUCAGUAUGAUUAAUAUUUGUUAAACUUAUUUUGAGCUAGCUCUGGUGCUAUCUUCACUGAACAGUCACUAGCCAAUGUAUUCUGCCAGUAAAUACAAGUUCUCCAGUGAGGUGUGUGUUGAAAAUACAAAUGAAUGCUCUUGCUUAUGUUAAUACUAUUUUAUUUCUGUUUUGAGGGGUCUGCCUUGAAUAGCAAACUCUCAUUGUUAGUAAACCUUUCUGAUGUCCUUGCAAAUAAUGUUGAAAUAAAGACCAUGUACAGCAGGUUUGUACUAUGGAAUCCUGGGACUUGUUAAUGCAAAAUAUAUUUAAAUUCUCUGAAGAAAAGUGGUAUUUUAAAUGAUUUUCUCAAAAGUGCUCUACAAAUAAAAUCUCUGUUUUUACAAA